UUUCAACAUGGGACCACCGAUCUUCAGACAUGGUCCCACUGUGACAGGGCCAUGUCCCGCAUGGUGGACGGACUGCGGUGCAUAGGUUGUACUCGGGUGCAUGUGGUGCUCUGCUGUCCCAUCCCAGAGAUGGUUGCUGGUGUUUCAGAGAGACUAGGAGCCAACCCUCGCAGGGAUGCUGACAGCGUCAUCAUCAUGCAAAACCACUUCUGCUGUUUAAAAAGCCUUCAGUGGCGACGACAGCUCAGAAGUCAGCAAGUCACUGGUCUCUUACAGUGAAUGGGUCAUGGGAUACUGGGAACUGGUCGUGGUCCUGCUACUGUUGGAUGUUAGAGUUCAGGGCCAGAAUGCAGAAGAAGUACUUCAACUGUGCCAAAGCAAGGAGGGACAGGAGUCCUCCCAAGGUGCUGCUCCACCUGACGGGCAAUACCACUGGGAUCUGCACAGUGAAGUGCUCAUGGGGCAACGGGUCCCACGCCGCGCUGACCCUCAAUCUUACCAUCCUGAAACGUCCCUCGCCGCCCAGCUUUGAUUUCAUUAAAAAAGGUGAUCAUCGUUCCCCUGAGAUCAAGUGUGUCUCGGAUAGCAACCCCAAAGCGACCGUCAUGUGGUACACCAGCCUCCAAGCAUCCGGGAAAGAAUACUCUGAGAAUCCGAUCAAAACUUCAGAAGACGCAUUUGUCAAUAAGAAGUUAAUGUGCUGUGCUGCCAACGCCAUAGGGACAGAAUGCACUCAGCUAUACGACUAUGACAUGGACUCCGAAAGUCCGGUAGGUGUGGAGCAGCAGGAGGUGAAGGAGGUGGUGCUCAGCCCAGGCCAGUCCCUGCUGCUGCGCUGCACGUCCAAGUACACCGCCCCGCGGUGGUUGAGCAAGGGCAGAGGACCGGAGAUCACCACCAAGGUGAAGCCAUCGACCUCAGAGAAGGACACAGAGGAAAAGGGGUUUGCAGUGUGUUUGCAUAGGGCCAGAUAGUGAUGUCCAGGGGGUUUGAAUCCAAGCUGUCCUCAGUUAGUAUUGGGUUGUGUCCAUAACCCUCGUGUAUGCAUCCUUGAGAGAGAUGUCUUAAACACUACCUUCUCCUGAUUCUGAAUACACUGUGUUGCUUUAGAUACAUUUUCUAAAUGAUACAAGUAAUAGCACUCACUGUAUCCUUCUUGUUUUGCAGUAAAUUGCCAUAUUUUUGCUUUGAUUUAAUGCAAUCUUUUCCUGGUGCUUGAAGAUGGAUAAACAUGGGGGAAGAUGGCCUACCUAUACAUAAGGUCAUUGACGCUGGAACAAACCGGCACAUACACUUGUGGCCCAAAAAAUAAGACCAUCUCCGUCCAAGUCCUGGCCGAAAGACUUCCAUCAGUCAGUCUGGCUCCAACCAAUAAGACCAUUUCGGCCAAAGAGGCCAUGAACUUCUGCUUGCAAGCCACCAUCUCCUCCCACCCUUUACCUGACUACUGUGCGUGGGAAAGCCCGGACGGGAGAUGGAGGGACUGUGGAGGGUCCUCCUGGAGGAACAGGACCAGGCAGCUGUGCGACCACAUGAGAUCUGGGGAAUAUAAGUUACACCUGGAGGUGGACCGUCGGAGAUACCCCCACAAGAUGAAAUUGUGUGUGGCAGAUAAACCUCAGUUCAACUGCCAGUGGCUUCCUAAAAUUUUGUGGUGUGAGACAGUGAGUCCUGUACCUACAAAUGUCUCUUGGAGGUCAUGCCAGGAGCCCAACGAUUCCAACUGUACAAUUUUCCAACAGGAGAAGGUGGAGGAGGUGCUGUUCUGUGAGACCAGGAUCAACCGCUCCCUGAUGAUCGAUAAGGUGCCUCCCCAUCACUUUGCUCAAUUCUGCCUCACCAAUGCAUUUGGAUCCUGGUGCAGUGAUGCAAAGGACAGAACUCUGCCAAGUCCAACAGGGGAGCUCAUCGGUCCCGAGAACCCAGGGUCUGAGCUCAAAAUAGGCAUUCUGGUCCUGUUGGUCGCCUUGAUAUUGAUUGGCAUGCUGUUCCUUUACAAUAUCAGAAAAAAGCCGCGGUAUGAGAGCCAACUACAGAUGAUCCAGAUAAUGGGGCCCAAUGAUAAUGAUUAUAUUUACAUCAACUUCAAGGACUUCCAGUACGACCAGAAAUGGGAGUUUCCAAGGGAGAACCUGCAACUGGGUAAAGAGCUGGGAUCCGGGGCCUUCGGCAUGGUGGUCCAGGCCACGGCAGUGGGCUUCGGCCCUCAGGGCAACUCUCAGGUGGCUGUCAAGAUGCUCAAAGAGAAACACCAGACGGUGGAGAAAGAGGCGCUGAUGUCUGAGCUGAAGAUGAUGACUCAGAUAGGUAACCAUGACAACAUAGUCAACCUGCUCGGGGCGUGCACAGGCACAGGGCCUGUGUAUCUGAUCUUUCAGUUCUGUUGGUAUGGAGAUCUGCUGAACUAUCUGAAGAACAACAGAGAGUGCUACCAUAAGUCUCUCACUGACGCCUUCAACAAGGACCGCUUCACCAGCCUCUACCACAACCUGCAGUCCAAUGGGGACUCCAGCGAAUUCCAGAUACCAGUGGAAAACUACGUGCAUAUGCACCCUACCACCACUGGGGGGCAGGAGAACCUCGCCCUCCUCAACCUCAAAGAUGACGGCAUGGAUAAGGGGUCGGGGCAGCAGGCGGAGGAGCUGGAGGGGCUGACCUACAAUGACCUGCUGAGCUUCGCCCACCAGGUGGCCAUGGGCAUGGAGUUCCUGUCCGCCAAGAACUGCAUCCAUCGCGACCUGGCGGCCCGCAACGUCCUGGUGACCAAAGACCGGCUGGUGAAGAUCGGGGAUUUCGGCCUCGCCCGGGACAUCGACCACGACUCCAACUACGUGGUGCGAGGAAACGUGCGUCUGCCAGUGAAGUGGAUGGCUCCAGAGAGCAUUUUCCAGGGCAUGUACACCAUGAAGAGUGACGUCUGGGCCUACGGUAUCCUCCUGUGGGAGAUCUUUUCACUGGGGGUCACCCCGUAUCCUGGGGUGAAGGUGGACAGCAAGUUCUACUCCAUGAUUGAGAGAGGCUUCCAGAUGGAGUGUCCGUACUACGCCGGGGUCUCUGUGUACAGGGUGAUGUGUAAGUGCUGGAGCCUGGAGCCCAGUGACCGCCCUGCGUUCUCCAAGCUGGCGGCCUUCAUGGAGGCCCAGCUCACCAACAUGGAGGAGAAGCUGUAUCAUAAUACUGCAGAGGAAGGUUCCGGUGACUACAUGAAUGCGUCAGCCAUCUUUGAUAGUUCCUCCCCACUGAUGAAAGAGAAGGCAGCUCCGGGGCCGUCUUCACAAAACGACUACUGUCAGACCGCAGAGUAGGACCCAUGAGAGGGCUCCAGCACAAAGAAUUCAUAUGUCAUUAUGUGUCUUUAGUUUGUUAGAAGUCUCUUCCAGGAAGUAUCAGUUAGUCUUCUGAACUUAAAUUGCCUAAUGGUAAAGUUGAAUGUUUUUUUUUGCCAUGAUUAAAGUAUGGUUGUGCAUUAUUUGUGGUUGCCAUCGCGAUAACAUUGAUAUAUCUUGUAUUGUGCCUAUCAGAUACUUCCAGGCUUUCUGCAGCUAUAGGAAGUCCAACCGCUAAUUCUAGAUUUUUUUUAUUUUGUUCUGCUGGGUCUCUGUCAUAUAGCUCCCACACUUUGCUUUUUCUCUGAAAUGUGAUUUGAUAGCUGCACAUUAUGGAAGAUAUUUCUCAAAGCAAACAAUUCCGUACCUUCCAAUAUUUGUAUUCCAUGUAACCUGUGUAUUUUUUACUGAAAUAAAGGUUGUUUGUUCGAA